UCGUCGCGUGAAGCUGAAAGAAAAUUUUUUUAAAACAAUAAUUAUCGCAAUUGAAGUCGAAAAGAACAUUCUUGAGUAAUAAUUUCCUAAUUAAAAGAAUGAGUGAUUACUCUCCAACUCAACAACAACAACAAAACUUUUCACAGUCAUCUGCCUUUGCAGCCGCUCUCCAACGAGCGAAGCAAAUUGCGGCGAAAAUCCAGCCAGGACCUCAGCAAGCGUCGCCUGUGGGAGGACAAAAACGCCCCUUAGACGACUUCGGAAACGACAAACAGAACAAUAAGCGUUUCAGCGGCGGAAAUUCCCCUCCCAUGACGCAAGCAUUGCAACAAGCACGUGAACUUGCCGCUCGUCUCGGCAACAAUCAAAGCGCAGGCAUGGCUCAACCUCCGAGCGAUGCGGUUCAACGAGCACGCGACGUAAUCAACAAAAUGGUUGGCGGAAAUGGCGGAGGACCUCCAUCGCACAUGUCUCGUCCCGGCUUGGGCAGCGGAAAUUACAACAACGGAAACAGUUCGUUCGAAGAAGUAAUGAUUCCCGGAUCGAAAGUCGGUUUGAUUAUCGGAAAGGGCGGCGAAACAAUUAAGCAGCUCAUGGAAAAAACUGGCGCGAAAUUAGUUGUCGUGCAAGAAGGCCCCGGACAAGAGAACGAAAAACCCUUGAGAAUUACGGGAGAUUACGAAAAAGUUCAGCACGCCAAGCAAAUGGUUGAAGAAUUGCUCGCACAAAAAGACCAGCAACAACAGCAAUAUCAGCAACGGAACAAUAAUUACAACAAUAACGAUCAUCAAGGAGGUCCUCCACGCGGAAAUGGCGGAUAUGGCGGCGGCGGAGGUCGAAAUAAUCAUCAUGGCGGCGGCGGAGAUUACGACAAUAUCGAAGUUGUUGUGCCAAAAGCAGCUGUUGGUGUCGUUAUUGGAAAAGGCGGCGAGAUGAUUAAGAAAAUUGCGGCAGAUACAGGCGCGAAAAUGCAAUUUAUUCAAGGAUCAGACCCGAAUGGCGAUCGAAGAUGUGUCAUUCAAGGUCCGAGACAUUUGGUAGAAGAUGCGAAACGAACUGUUGAUGAGCUCGUUGAAGGAGUUUUGCGACGCAAGGGAAUGCAAGGCGAAGGCGGGCAAGAUGUGAAUUAUGCCAAUUACAAUGGACCAAUGGUUUCGCGCGAGGAAUAUUCGUUUACUGUUCCUGCUUCCAAAUGUGGCAUCAUCAUUGGGCGCGGCGGCGACACAAUCAAGCAAAUUAACUCGCAAUCCGGCGCACAUUGUGAAAUGGAUCGCAAAGCUUCCGCCAAUAUGGUUAACGAGAAAGCCUUCAUCAUCAAGGGCGAACAGCAUCAAAUUGACGAAGCGAAGCGUCUGAUACAAGACAAAAUCAAUGUCGAGCUUAACAUGACUCACAUCGGUUCAACGCAAGUUCCUGCCCCGAAUACAUUCGCAAAUAAUCCGUAUGGCGCUGCCGUUGCUGCUGCCUGGGGAGGAUAUGCACAACAAUGGGAUCAAUCGCAACAAGCAGCUGCCGCACAAAUGGCAGUUGGCGCACAAGGACAAGGCGGCUCCGAUUACUCUGCACAAUGGAUCGAGUAUUACAAACAAAUGGGCAUGACACGCGAAGCUGAAAUGAUUGAACAACAAAUCAAGAUGCGCGGAAAUUCCGCAGGACAACCAGGAGCAAAUGGGCAAAAUGGGCAACAAGGAGCUGCGGCAGCACAAGCUGGCGCUCAAGGACAAGCAGAUUACAGUGCGCAAUGGGCUGAGUAUUAUCGACGAAUGGGAAAAACUGAAGAAGCUGAAGCGAUUGAGAAACAAAUGGCAGCUCAAAAGGCUGGAGGACAAGCUGCAGCUGGAAAUGCUGGCGCCGCACAAAACGCCGCCCAAUUCUACCCACAAAUGGCUGCUUAUGGACAAUAUCAGCAGUACUAUGGAGCGCAAGCGUAUCCCGGAUAUCCGGGAAAUCCCCCGCAACCGGGACAACCUCAACCUCCAGCGCCCGCUUCCGGAGACUCAAAAUAAGAAAACUAAACAACUUCGAUUACCUAUCUUUUAACUCUACAAAUAAAUUUCUUAUACAUAUUCGAGUAAAUUAAACAAAAAAAUCUUAGAUAAAAUAUGUAUAGCAAGAACUUGUGUGCGGCGAUCUCUGUAGAAAGCGAUGUGUAUUUCGGUAAAAAAAUUUAACAAAAUUAUAAAAAAAAAAAAUAUGGUAAGAUGAUAAACAAAAAGACGAGCAUUUUUAUAUGUGGGAACCACACAAUUCCUCUUUUAUUUAAUUUUUAACAAUAAUAAAAAAAAAUGUAGCAUUAAAAUUAAGAAAUAAAAAAAUUGAAAACUUAAAAUAAUAGAGGUACGAAGAAAAAAUGAAAAAAGACGUUUUUUUUCACCAUUUAAUAAUUAUUAUUAGUUAUUAUUAUCUAUUAAUAUAAAUCUAUGUAAUAUAUAAG